AGAUAGCGUGGAAUUGUAAGCGAGGGGGAAAAGAGUGAAAGGAGGCGGAGCUAGGCGUCCAGCAACGAAGGGGAGGAAGAAGACUCCGACAGAUGCUAAUGGGAAGAAUACGUUGCAGUCGAUCAUGGAUGUAACAGGAGGAGGCCGCAGGAGCUGUACGUUAAGGGAUAAACAGGCCAACUUUACCAUGUGAAAGGGGAAAAAAAAAACAACAACACAACAACAGAAACAAGAAUUAUUAUUAUUAUUAUUAUCACAGUUACUGCUACUACUACUAUUAUUAUUACUACUACUUCUACUAUUGAUAUAAUUUCUUCUACUACUGCUUUAAAGGAAAUAUAUACACACACACAUAUAUAUAUAUUACAUAUAUAUUAUAUAUAUAUAUAUAUAAUUAUAUAUAAAUACACCUAUCCAAACAAAAAAAAAAUCACAUAUACAGAUAUAUAAAUAUAUUCAUAUACAUAUACAUAAACACACGCACGCGUACACGUAUAAACACUUCCUUCACGUUACAGACACACACACACACACACGCAAACAAACACACAAACAUAUACAUAAAUCACACAUAGACACGUAUACAUCUCUGUAUGUAUAUGUGCAUAUACAUACUUAUACACACAUACUGAACAUACACUCACGCACGCACGCACGCAAUCAAGCAUUUUCUAAAAAACAAAUAAAAAGUAAAGUGAAAUAAAAAUAAAAUAAAAUAAAAUAAAAUACCUUCUACCCACGACGCAAAAAUAAUAUAUAAUAAUAAUAAAUGAAUAAAUAAUAAAAAUUUAGAAAAUCAUAAUAAUAAUAAAUGAUGUUGAUGCUGAUGAUGAUGAUGUAAAAAAAAAAUAAACAACGAAUAUAAAAACAAAUACAACAACAACAACAACAGAAGCAGCAGCAGCGGCAAACACGGACAUACGUACAUACAGACAGGCAUAUACGACAGGCGAGUCAUUGGGCUGCGGCCAUCUUGGGAAACGCGUUCAAGUGAAUUAAUCGAAUAUAGCGACACCACUACACAUGUUAUCGAUCUUUUAAAACAAGUCAAAUGGCAAGUCUAACUGGGCGUAAAAGAAAGUAACCGGUAAGUGGCUCUCCCGCGUCUACUUCCGCGCCAAACUCUACAAUUAACAUGCAUCAUUGGAGCAUGGCACACGCCUACAGGUGACCGAAAGUCCCUUCAUAUUUACAUACAUCGCCGCUGACACUGUCUUUUAGGAGGUGUCAGUCGACUGACCUCAACCAUCUAUGAACUCGCCCAGCACAUCUACACGGAGAAAAGAGCCGACACGAUCAGGAAGUCCGAUGUGCCCCCUGAAGAUUUUUCCGUAUCUUCUGCUUGUCUCCGCCUUACACUUUUGGGACCAAGGGGCUGAGGCGUCGACACUGCAUAAAAGACUUAGUGGUUUGGUGGAAUCCAUGACAAAGUCUGCAAGUUUAGGCGGACGGCAGGUUCUUAACUGCCACGUUUCCUUACCGGUAGGGAAAAAGAAGCCCCACGUGAUCCAGUGGAAUAAGGCCGGUCUUGAUCAGCCCGUCUACAUGCGUUACGACAAUUACCCACCACAGAUUAACGGCCGUUUUGAAGGUCGGCUCAAGAUAAUCCAUGGUAUGUCAUUAGAAAUAAGUCACAUCCGAACACAGGACGAAGGCUGGUACGAAUGUAAAGUAAUAUUCCUGGACAUUGAAAAAUUCACGGGAAACGGCACGUGGGUUUACCUCAAAGUAAACAUUCCGCCUCGUAUUGUAGCAUGUUCACCAAAAUCUUUACAUCACCGACAAGGAGAAACAGUGGAGCUAUUUUGUAAUGCAUCAGGAUCACCAGAACCAGCUCUCAUAUGGAACAAGGAUAGUAAACCUCUCCAGGCUUCAUCUCGAAUUCAGAUUGAUGGUUAUAAAGUGAUCAUUAGAAAUGUGCAGCGCAGUGAUGCUGGUGUUUAUAUGGGAACAUUUACCAAUAGUGUAGGAUCAGUUUCACAGUUAAUUAACUUAGUUGUUGAAGGUGCAGCGUACAUACUAAUACCACCUGAAAAUAUGACAGCCAUUGAGGGACAACGAAUAAAAUUUCAGUGUGGUGCUAUGGCAUAUCCAAAUAAUAUCACUUACAACUGGUUCAAAGACUCUGAAAACAUCAAAUUUCUACCUGAUUAUGGUAAACGUGUAAAUGCUUUCAAGGAUGGAAGUCUUGUCAUUACUUCAGUUGUAAAAAACGACAUGGGCUGGUAUACAUGCCAUCCGACAAACGGAAUUGGAGAAGACCCAAAAGCAUCAGCUUAUCUGAACGUCACAUAUCUGCCUAAGAUGCUGAAAAUGCUCCACCGCAUCUACUGGGCUCUCGGACAUCAGCAGUCCUUGGUCUGCAACGUCGACGCCAACCCUCCCAUCAUCAAAACACAGUGGACCAAAAAUGGUCGCACACUGCAGUUUAACUCCGACAGACUUCAACUGCUGGCCAAUGGGACUGUGGUCGUUUCCCGCGUACAGAACUCGGAUGCUGGCAGCUACAGCUGUCAAGCAAGUAGCUCUUUAGGCCGAGGGCCUUCUUCGCUGCUUGUUCAGGUUAUUGUCAGAGAUCCACCAUACUUCACAAUCCGUCCAAAGCCGAUAUACCAGUCGGUGGCAGGCAACUCAAUAACUAUACCAUGUGAUGCUGAAGGAACACCAAAACCAGAAAUCACAUGGCGGAAGGUUGAUGGUGAAAUUGAUUGGGAAAGUCGAGCUUCUCAAAAUAAAGGAAACCUGACCAUCUAUCUUCUUGAAAAAGCAGACCAUGGCGAUUAUGAAUGUGUAGCAACAAACCAAAUCACUAGUAUUGUUAUUGGUACAAAACUGCUCAUUGAAAAGACAACUCCACAUGCUCCAUACAAUGUUACAGUAACGACCAGUUUAUUUACAGCUAAAGUGCAAUGGAUGCCAGCCUAUAAUGGAGGCCUAGAGCAGAAUUAUGUGAUUUGGUUUCGAAACACAGAUGCCUUAGAAUCCAAUUGGCAGACAAUCCGAGUGCCCCCUGGUGACAAAACAUCAUUUAUUGUCUACAGUUUAGAAGCUGACACACUUUAUGAGUUCAUGGUUUUGUCUCGUAAUAUUAUGGGCAAUGGCUUGUACAGUGACCGAGUACUAGCAAGAACACUUGGUACCUCCUCCAAUGUUACCUUGGUGUUUGUUGGUUAUCAUAGUGAUCUGCCGACCAGUUUACCAACAAAACCUAAUGGAGCAACAUAUAUUCCACCAGUAGUAAGACCCAUUGGUCCAAGACCAAAGGCUCCUUUGAAUGUUACUAUUAAGGUACACCGUGGGGCCGUCAAUGUUACUUGGUUUGCCCCCCAGAACUCCAACGUUUCUAUUUUCUACUACGUUGUUGAAUACUGUAACGAUACAGUGUGGCAUCGAGUUGACGAGGUGGUUCUCACACCAAAAUCCUGGUAUUUGAUGCGGGAUUUAAAACCGGGAACCUACAAAUUUAGAGUGUUUUCCUUCAGUCUCCUAUCGUACAGUCAACCACAAGAAUCAGAAAAGGUUGUCGUACCUGAAGGGAUAGCGGUUUCUACUACUGCCACUAGUAUCCCUGACACUAAGAGCCCUGACAAUGACAAUGAUGGUACCGAUGAUUCUGAUAAUAGCCUUUCAGCAUUACCAGUGCCAGCCAUUGGUGGCAUUGUUGGUGGCUUGGCUUUCCUACUUAUUGCUGUCAUUCUCGCCAUUAUAGCUGUCAUCAUAAGCAAGAGAAAACAGAAAAAAAAAGCCAAAAAAUAUGGAAAUGUGAAAUACUUUGAGCCGGACCAAGUAGACUCUUCUAGGAAUGAAACUUCGUCAGAAUGGAAUUAUGGGGACCAAGAUGGAAGAAGAAACAUUGUGAAAGCUGUCAACCCUAUGGGUAUGCUAAACCAAACUUUUGUGAUGUCCUGCCACUCCCCUUCGGACAUAUUAAAAUGCAAUCCCGUUGCCCAACCACUGCCUUCCAAACGACAUUUGCCACCAUCAUCAUUGCGACCUUAUAUUUUUCAGGACCAACAGAAGUCUGUUCAGCGCAGUGCCCUUCCAAAAAGUACAUCCCUCAACAAUGGGGCCAAAGCCCAACAACAGGACACAAUACUUGCUAAUGUAAGACCUCCCAACAAACUGGUUCAGCAAUGUCCAGACACAGACAUUGUAACAUCACUAAGACAACAACAGUUAUCCUCUCCUGGUCCUAUGUCCCCCAUUGGGCACGGGAUUGCCUGUACAAGUGUUCACCGCAGUAAUGUUUAUAACCCUGUUUCACCCUGUUUGCUACAGUCGCACUCCCCUGUUAAUUUGCAUAUUACAAGAGCACAAAUUCAUAGGCCAAAUGGUGUCAGUGUUCCAGACAAUACACAGAAGUAUAAACAUGCUUCUAGCAUAGUCGUUUCUACUGCUACUGUCACUCUGGACUCUGGACAUUCUCCUGGCACUAAUACUCUUAGAAAUCAUAUGACGUCACCAGUUUGGACUACAACUUCACCUGGUAUGUCUGCUGCCCCUGCUGCUGCUGCUGCUAUUUACCAUCAUGCUCAACAUCUCAAGUCAUCUUCAUCUAUAGCAUCUCUUAAGUCAUGUUAUGCUCAUAGCUCUAUAUUCUCACCUAACUCACAACAUCACUCUAUGAACAAAACCUACUUGACAAGUAGCCCUGAUGAUGCUAACAGUCUUCGCCCAUUCCAGAUAAGCGAUAUCAGUUCUGUACAGCCUUCAUCAUUUUCAGAGCGGUCACGUGACCAAGAUCUGCCACAGUCACUGUUCAGUAGCCCUCGAGGAAGCUUUCUUCCUUCCAGCCUUUCUGAAAAUGAGCCAGUCUAUUCGAAAAGACAUUUGAAAGAAAAAGAAAACCAACAGCUCACUUAUUCUGGUACAGUGCCAUUUAAAACUCGAAGCAUUCACCCCCAGCAACGAAAUUCUUCAGCUUAUUUUCAUACUGGCCAAGGGCCUAAUUACUACCAGCCUCAACCUCAGCCUCAGUUUCACCUUGAUAAUGUAAGAAGAAAUUUUUCUAACCCUCACCAACUCCAGACGCAAGCAGCAGCUCUUGCAACACACAACCACAAUUUCGUGUCCCAUGUAAGCUAUACACAUUCACACUCACUUUACAACAAUUCAGAAGGUGGAGAGUGCAAGGACAACAACAACCAGUUAUUUGGAUAUUCAAAUAAUUGUCAAGAGAUGGUUAAAUGUGGUCAACUGGCCCCUAAACAUCAGCUGAACUCCAACUGUACUCUUGCUGUCAACCAACCUCAUCAGAUGUCACCAAUACCAUCACAGACUAACUCUACUUUUAGACAAAAAGAAUUUGACCCUUAUAACUGCAUUGAAAACAUACCCCACACACAUAGCACAUACCCUGCUAAGGAUCAGCCAAGUGACUAUUCUACGACCAUGCCAUGCUAUAGGAAUAAGACUCCAAACAUCGACACUGUACUUAGUCAUCAUUUUGAUGGUGGGGUCCCAGAAGAGAUUCGAACUAGUAUGAGUAGCUCAGGUCGGGGAAGUAUAUUUGGCAGGGUUAACUACCCCGAUGGCAUCAGCCGUACUAGUAGUAAAAUGGAUACAUUUCCAGACUCCUAUAGCAGUGGGCUUGGUAGUCACCACAGUGGUCCAUCGUCUUCGUUUUACACUCACACGAGGGCUGCAGCACCCAUGGACAGUACUUCAGCGAGUUCUCUUACUUCCCCUCAAGACUAUGAUGUCAGUUUGGACUCUUCCCUGAUUAUAGAUGCUUCUAAUUCCAACCGACGGGACUUCUCAGGAGAUAAACACUACGAUUUUGACUCAAGAUUAAUAUCUCACAAUGCUCCAGGUAUUGUUGGGUGUAAACUGGAUGAAAGACACUCAACACGCCGAGAGCCUUCCACCCGGAGCACAGCUUCACCACCAGAAAUUUUGUUAAAUGCUAAUGAUUUGUAUAAAAGUCUCUACCCAAAGCCACGUAAGCCGAGUCGCUAUAGCAACUCUGAAAAACGUUUUGAACGGCUGCGCGAAGAAUACUAUGAAUAUCGACGCAAGCAACUUACUCAUUUGCAGCAGCAAUAUUUUAAAUCAAUGGACAGUGAAAUGUUGUAAUAAUAAUAAUAAUAACAGCAAUUAUUGAAAAGAAAAAAUUUUAAAAAACAGAACCUAAACUAAAGAAUAAGCAUUUUGAAAGUAAAUGCAUAAUUUUGGGUGAAUUGAAAGUGAAUUGGAAAAUAUGAAGAUUUUGGAAAUUUUUUUUUUUCUUUGUGUGUGUGAAGGAAAGAAUAAAAGAAUGAAAGAAUAAAAGAAGGAAGCAAAACAACGUAAAGUUUUCAUAUAUAAUUUUGCAGGUGCUGUCAUGAGUUUCAGUAUCUUAGGAGUAAAUUUACCUGGCACCUAUUCUGUGAUGGUCAGGUUGUAAAUCUUUAAAGAAGGUAACUUAAGUUUGGUUUUUUUUUGUUUAGAUAUUCGCACAGGGAACAUAAAGCAAAUAGGUAACUAAA